AUGGAGAACUCAAAUAACACAUCUUUGAACAGAUUCUUUCUUCUCAGUCUUGCUGAUACCCCAUCCCUAAAAGCCCUAAGUAUGCUAACCUUCCUGAUAAUGUAUAUACUCACAUUGUCCAUAAACGCUCUACUUAUCAUUGUGGUACGAAUCAAUUUGCGGCUUCACACCCCGAUGUAUUUCUUCUUAAGCAACCUGUCCAUCGUUGACAUUGGCAUAAGUACUUCAGUAGUACCUAAACUUAUCAUAAUAACAAUGACACAAGAUAAAAGUAUUUCACGUCUUGAUUGUGCUUUUCAAAUGUUCUUCCAUUCUGCCCUAGUAACAAUAGAGUGUGUUCUUCUGGCUGUUAUGGCCUAUGAUAGAUACAUGGCUAUAUGUAAGCCUCUGCACUACAAUACACUUAUGAACAAGGGUUUCUGCAUUUCCAUGGCUGCUGUUUGCUGGGCUGUAGGUUGUAUCAACUGUGGCAUUCAUGUACCGUACACCUUCCAACUGCCCUUUUGCAGGUCCCACCAUGUCAACCAUUUUUUCUGUGAAAUACCUGUUAUUUUAAACCUGUCUUGCCAAGAUACCUGGCUUCAUGAGGUAUCAAUGUACAUCUCAGCUUGUACUCUCGGCCUUAGUUCAUUUGUUUUUACUAUUUUCUCAUAUAAUUAUAUCAUUUCUGCUAUUUUGAAUAUCCGUUCCACUGAGGGAAGACAUAAAGCUUUCUCUACAUGUGCCUCCCAUCUCACAGUGGUCUCUCUGUACUAUGGGCCUCUGAUGUUCAUGUAUUUGCGCCCUCACUCCAGAAACUCUCCCAGCAUAGAGAAGACUGCUUCAGUUAUUUACACGGUUGUGACUCCAAUGCUGAAUCCCAUCAUCUAUAGCGUAAGGAAUAAAGAUAUUAAGGCUACCAUUCAAGGAACACUGCAGCCCAUACAUUACAAACUGUAG